ACUGCAUCGACCAUCACAUCUCAUUCACUCUUUACUUACUACAAUCUUUCAACUUUAAGUUAAUACCUUAAUCCUUCAACAUGAAGCUGAACUUCCUCCUCGCUGCUGCUCUGGCCACCUGCGCCAUGGCUGCUUCCAGCACCACUGAGACCAGCACCAAGACUGAGCAUCACUCGACCACCACCAAGACCGACACUGCCAAGGCCAGCCAGACCUCUGCUCACUCCACCUCCAAGUCCAAGGGCGCUGCUGCUCCUACCAUGGGUGCUGAUAUCCUCGGAAUGGCUGGCAUUGCUGGUAUUGCCGUUGCCAUGGCUAUCUAAACGCACAUUCCCUACUGUACACUUCGACGGUUCAUAGUCUCUUGUUGGGUUUGGAUCACUGUAUUUGCAUUCCUAGAUUAGCAUCGAUUCAAGCGAGCCUUACCUUCUCGUCUCUUCAUGAGUUGAGAUUGGUACUUAAUUGACAUAUAUCACCCA